AUGACGAAGAUGGGAGACAGUUCAGAACGACUUAUUUUUCUUUUCAUAGAUUUUGCCAUCUGUGCUUUUGCAACAUGUGGAGGAUAUUAUGGUCACCUCCAGGUUAAAGUGGACUGUGCAGACAGGAGGCAGAGCAACCUCAGCAUCAACAUUGAUUUUGGCUAUCCUUUCAGAUUACAUCAAGUGCAUUUCAAGGCUCCUUUGUGCGGCGUGAAAAGGGGAGAGAUUCUUUUCCUGGAUGGCAACUUCUCCUCAGCUGCUCAAUUUUUCGUGACUGUGGGUUUUGCUUUCCUGUACUCACUUCUGGACGAUGUCUACGUCUUCUACCAGAACAAGUACCUGAAGCACAACAGAGGCCCACUCGUGGAUUUUGUUGUGACAGUCAUCUUCUCCUUCAUGUGGCUGGUCAGCAGUUGUUGCUGGGCCAAAGCUCUCUCUGACAUCAAGUCAGCCACAAACCCAACACAAGUGCUUCUUCUCAUGUCUGCCUGCAGAGCUCAGGAAAACAAAUGUUCAGUUACAGAGGAGCCUCUCUGGUCACGUCUUAAUACAGCAGCGGUUUUUGGUUUUGUUAAUGUGGUCCUCUGGGUUGGGAAUAUUUGGUUUGUCUUCAAAGAGACGGGCUGGUACAAGACUGGGCAGAGAUACCCAACCAGGAGUGCUUCUGGGAAACGUUCAAGUGAGAUGCGACAGCGACUCUACAGCGAGAGCAGCUUUGAUCAGCCAGAGGAGGGUUUUGGUCUCUCCAGGCAGAACAGUUUCAAUCAGUCAAAGGGUGAUUUUGGUCUACAGAGACAAGCUAGCAUCAACCAGUCACAAGUAAGCAUCAGCUUACCGCAGACAUAUCUUGGUAAACGGUCAUUUAUGACAGAGAGGAUAAGGUAGUUUCUAAAGGGCCAUGAUAUUUGUCAAUGAGAUGUGAUAGUCCAAUGAUGGGCAUUGUGAGGGAAUAACAAUGUCUUGUUGCUAUAUUUAGUUUCUGAAUGCAUACUAAAUAAAGCUCUGAUGGUUUGCCACAAAAAUCCUUUAUAAUAGAUUUUUUUAAUGUAAGUUGUACCAUGAAACGAAGAAAUUUAGAGUUAUUCAUUUAAUUAGUUGUUGCUCUAAGAGUAUUUGAGUUGCAUAUUUAUUUAUUACUUUAAAUGUGUAAUUAUGUUAUAGGUUUGUGGAUCUUUGGCAAUAAGGCAGAUGCUGUUGUGGACUGUUUUGCUGUAUAUGCCUCAGUAAGUCAUCAUGUUUUGCAGUCAAAACAGGAUGAAAUAUUGUAGUAUAUUGGUCAGUUUGCAACUUGCCUGUAUGCGAGAUCACUGUAGUUUAUCCACCAGAUACAAUGUCCUCACAAAUACGGACACCAGCUAUUACCACGACAAAAAGACAGUUAGUGCAUCCGACGACAAGAGACGAGAGGGUCAUUCAAUUAUUUAAUUUAAAUUCAGUUUUCAGACGUUUAUAAUUAAGCUGAAUACAUCUGUGUUGAAACAUAUUGAGAUUUUAGACAACAAAUAAUUAAAGUCUUUUGUUCAGCAAUAUUCUUAUGUGAAUGCUAAACAUGUAUGGAAAAAAAAACAGAAAUUACAUUUGCACCUUGUUUACAACAUGAAACCCAGUCACAGCAGAGAGCGGGAUAAUGUUUGUUAUAUAACUCGACGCUUUCUGGAAGGCAGCCUAAACUUGCUGUGAUAGCCUCUUGCUGCGUUACAUUUCAUAGAUUCAGAGGUCAUAUUUAAAUACUUUAUAAUACAACAGUGUUGUUUACUAUGUUAAAUAAAUGGUUUAAUCAAAUUGUGUCAAGUGUUGUGGUAGCACUUAGCUUGCAGGUAGAUAUACACAGACUAAAUGAUUUACUCCAUGUCUGCUGCCCUACAUUAAAAAUGUUAAAAAUUUCCACUUAACAUUUUUGAGCUCAGGAGUAUUGAGAUUCUAUUCUAUUCUAUUCUAUUCUAUUCUAUUCUAUUCUAUUCUAUUCUAUUCUAUUAUGAUAUACUUCAUGUCUGUGAAUUUCUCAUUUACUGUGACUACAUUGAAUUGUUUUUAAAGUUCUUGACAUGAGGACAAAUUGCUUAGCGUGAUGCUGGGGCUUGUGUAAAUUCUAUAUGUUUUUGAAUCUUACCUAUACUUUAAAUGGAAAACACUUUACAUUACAGCACAUGUUCUGGACUAUACAGCAUAUAAACAAUAUGAAAAAGCAGUGCGUCGGUGCAGAAAUAUAACCAAUGGGCUUCAGUUCUCACAAUAAAUAUUUAAUGUUUAUUGUAUAAUUUAUUCACUUGUCAUUAUUGAUGGAUUUCUGGAUAUUAUAAUCAAUGUGGACUCCAGAUUGUCUGCAUUUGGACUUUUAAAUGAAUAUUGAUUUCAAAUGGAAAGGGACUGCUCCAUCAGUGGAACUUCACAUAGCAUUGUUACUUUUUAGAAUUAUUUCAUAUGCCUCCAUGUUACUAUCUCUCCUCUAUACAUCUUCUAAUAGAGCAUUGUGUGUCGCAUUCUAAAACAAUAAAUCAUAAAUGUAAUGUAGAAUAUGUUCAAAUGCUCACAUUUAAUGUAAUUGAUGUCACUCUUGUACAGUAACUUGAGGGUGUAUGUUAUCUGUUCAUAGAGGUGUUGUUUUUGUAUCUAAACAUGUCAUUCUGUGUAGUUGUGGGCUGUUUUUUUCUCAAUUCUUGCUCUGCAUAUUUCUUCAAUGUAACUCUGGUUCUUAGCAACUGGUAUAAAAGUGGGUGAAUCUAC